AUGGACGUGAAUAAUACAUCAAAGAAGCUUAAAAAAUCAGUAAAGCGAAAGAAGUCCUUGGCAAGCGUGGAUGAGGCGAAAUCGAAACCUGCAUUGAAGAAAAACCAAGGAACUCCGAAAGAGCUCUCUCAAUUCGUCAAAGUUGAUGGUUCACCACCUAAGAAGAAAAAACUGGGUUCGUUGAAAGAAUCUAACAUCCAUAAUGGCAAAGCUGGAAAGAAAAAAGUUGGAAAUCUCUCGAAUCAGAACGGCACGAAUACUUCCUCAAAGGUCACUAACGAGUCAAAAAAUGGUGGAUCUAAGAAGAACAAAAAGCCUAUCCCAUUAUUUGAAUCCGACGACGAGCAGGACGAUGAGCAUGUUACUAAGCUCCAUGGUGUAGUAGGAGAGGACUCGGAUAUAGAAAUGGACGAUGACUUUGCUAGCGACGAAUCCCUCGAUGGUAGUGCGAGUGGUAACGACGAUUCUGGUAAUGAAUUACCUAUUGAGAAAAAGUCGAGGCUCCUGGAUAAAAGAAAGCAGAAAACGGCGGAUGAAGGUGAAUCGGAACUUCGUCUGAAUAUUGCCGGUCAACAGAAGUACGAACUUCCAUCAGUUGACGAAGUGGAAAAGCAACUUAAAGAACUACCCAAUCUCCAGAUUAUCAGAGAUAGGAUUAGCGAGUUGUUCAGG